AUGGCGAGGUCUGCAGAGCCGGGAACAUCACGGACAAAGGCUUGGAUAGCGCAGGGAAGGUCGUUGGCACGAGGAGGAGGAGGAGGAGGAGGCAGCUUUGAUAUAUUUUCCGACGAGGAUUUCUUAAGUGGCGGUGAUAACAACGACGAAAGACAUGACUCUGCCGAGUUCAAAAAGAAAGAGGUGAAGCCAAGGAUGGUUUUCAAGACUGCAGCGGUGAACUCCUUGCUGCUCCCCUUGCCGCCGCAGCCACGCAACAGGCCCACCACUAGGAAGCAUGGAACAGAUGACUACGACAAGGAAAACGACUUGUCCGAAGAAGCGAUUGAAGAGUACACCGCAAUAACGCCGUCAACUGCCAGGAGAGUGGUCGUCCGUCAGAGAGGCAGAGCAGCAGCAGCAGCAGCAACUGAGAUACAAUUCGGCGAACGAAACAUGAGGGAUGGGCCCUCUGACGACGAUGGCUCUUCGCUGAAAGAUUUUAUUGUGAGCGAUGAUAGCGACGUCAGCUAUUACGAGACAUCCGAGGCUGAGGUGGGUGAUCGGGAGUCCGUUGUUUUUCAACCAUCUCCUCCACCCGCCGUGCCUCAAUCCAAGCCGAAAAGGAGACUCAUGAGAGGGAAACGGCCAGAGUCAGAGGCUAAACUGAAGAAAGAGAUAGGAAGCACCUCAGAUAAUGAGGCUGCUGAUUUAUGUCUGGAACCACAGCUUCCUAUUACAUUGUCCUCUUUGAAGGUUGACCCAGCGCCUAAACGCCUGUUUCAGAAUGAGCUCAACAUAACUAAAAGACUCAGCCUCUUGGGUCUUAACAACAACAACAAGAAUGAUGCCUCUUCUCAACUGGAAGAUGACCUAUUUAAAACGGUUUCCAAGUUUGAAUCUCCCAUCGCCGAGUCGAAACAGAAUGAAAAUUCUGUCUUCCUGACACCGCCGUCCAGCCCAUCUAAGAACAGACUACAGUCGCCGGCCAAAGAAAGGUGCAUGAUUCCGCCAACCCCUUAUCGUGAGAGCAGCGACGGGUUCUGGAGCCAGGAGUAUACCAACGACUGGGUUGACAAGCACUCGCCGCGGAAGGAAAACCCCCAUGGCUGCACGCUGGAACGGCAGCUGAAAGAGUUUCUCGAAGAAGACGGCGACGAGGAGGAGGAGGACGACGGCGGUGCGAUGAUUGUACCGAGUAGCAAGAAGGGAUCCAAGGCGCCAAAGACCCCCAGCAAGACGGCCCUGAAGAGAGCAGAGGUUGAGAAGAAGAAGGCUUUGGUAGCGCGCAAGAAGUCCUUUGACAGCAGAAAAGCGUCCUUUGCGGAAGAUUUCCUCCAGGCCUUGGAUGACGCCGUCACGGGAGGCGAAGUCCAGAAGCUCGCGAGGGACACCGGAGGCGUGCGCAUCAUUUGGAGCAAGACGCUCAAAACCACUGCGGGGAGGGCCAACUGGAAACGUGAACGAGCGCAGACCGAGCCAAGCGGCAGCUCAGAGUCGACGAAGCCGGCAUCCAGACAUCAUGCGUCCAUCGAACUCGCGGAACGCAUUAUCGACAGUGAGGAUCGGCUGCUCAACACCCUGGCCCACGAAUAUUGUCAUUUGGCGAAUUUCAUGAUCUCCAACGUCCAUACCAACCCGCACGGGACCAGCUUCAAGCAGUGGGGGUUGAAGUGCACACAAGCCAUGAAGGACCACCCGGUCUACGGCGGGCGCAUUGAGGUGACCACAAAGCACAACUACAAGAUCGACUACAAGUAUGUGUGGUGCUGCGUUGACUGUGGCCAGAACUACGGCCGUCACUCGAAGAGCAUCGAUACCUCCCGAAUGCGUUGCGGCUGUUGCAAGGGUCUCCUCCAGCAAAUCAAACCGAAACCACGCAACAUGUCUCCCAAGAAGAAGCAACCUUUAUCUGUGUCUCCUUUGGAGAUGGACGCCGUGACUAACUCUCUUAGAGAGAUUGUCAUUCAACAGUGA